CUGGCCACACUAAUUAUUUUUCUUGGACGAUUCGGUUGCUGCUGGAAUCUGUGGACGAAUUUAUUUAUACUCUUAAGGAAUUGAUACCAGGCUGCCAAGAUGGGUUCCCUGUUCCGGAGCGAGGAGAUGGCACUGUGCCAGCUCUUCCUGCAAAGUGAGGCGGCCUAUGCCUGCGUCUCGGAGUUGGGCGAGCUGGGAUUGGUCCAGUUCCGUGAUCUUAAUCCGGAUGUGAACGCCUUCCAGCGAAAGUUCGUCAAUGAGGUUCGCCGCUGCGAUGAAAUGGAGCGCAAGCUGCGCUACCUGGAGAAGGAGAUCAAGAAGGAUGGCAUACCCAUGCUUGACACUGGCGAGAGUCCCGAGGCUCCUCAGCCCCGAGAGAUGAUUGAUUUGGAGGCCACCUUUGAGAAGCUGGAGAACGAGCUGAGGGAGGUGAACCAGAAUGCUGAGGCUUUGAAGCGCAAUUUCCUGGAGCUGACCGAGCUUAAGCAUAUUCUCCGCAAGACCCAGGUCUUUUUCGAUGAGUCGGUGCCCACGGUUUACAAGUCGAGUGGCGCAACGUACUCAUCCAGCAAAUAUCGGCGAUAUCCGCAGAUGGCCGACAACCAGAACGAGGACGAGCAGGCGCAGCUGCUGGGCGAGGAGGGUGUCCGAGCCAGCCAGCCGGGACAGAAUUUGAAGCUUGGCUUUGUGGCUGGCGUCAUUCUGCGGGAGCGCCUGCCGGCCUUUGAGCGUAUGCUUUGGCGCGCCUGUCGUGGCAAUGUGUUUCUGCGCCAGGCCAUGAUCGAGACACCGCUGGAGGAUCCUACCAAUGGCGACCAGGUGCACAAGUCGGUGUUCAUCAUAUUCUUCCAGGGCGACCAGCUGAAGACGCGCGUCAAGAAGAUUUGCGAGGGCUUCCGCGCCACGCUUUAUCCCUGUCCCGAGGCCCCGGCCGAUCGUCGCGAAAUGGCCAUGGGUGUGAUGACACGCAUUGAGGAUUUGAAUACGGUGCUGGGCCAGACCCAGGAUCAUCGCCAUCGCGUGCUUGUGGCCGCCGCCAAGAACCUUAAGAACUGGUUCGUCAAGGUGCGCAAGAUCAAGGCCAUCUAUCAUACGUUGAAUCUCUUCAACUUGGAUGUGACACAAAAGUGUCUGAUUGCCGAAUGCUGGGUGCCAUUGCUGGACAUUGAGACCAUUCAGCUGGCCCUGCGGCGGGGUACCGAGAGAUCGGGUUCGUCGGUGCCGCCGAUUCUCAAUCGAAUGCAAACGUUUGAGAAUCCACCGACCUACAAUCGAACCAAUAAGUUCACCAAGGCCUUUCAGGCCCUAAUCGAUGCGUAUGGCGUGGCCAGUUAUCGGGAGAUGAACCCGGCUCCCUACACCAUCAUCACCUUCCCCUUCCUGUUCGCCGUGAUGUUUGGUGACCUGGGUCACGGCGCCAUAAUGGCGCUCUUUGGCCUGUGGAUGAUACGGAAGGAGAAGGGUCUGGCUGCCCAGAAAACGGACAAUGAGAUUUGGAACAUCUUCUUUGGCGGACGUUACAUCAUCUUCCUCAUGGGUGUCUUCUCGAUGUACACGGGUCUCAUCUACAACGACAUCUUCUCCAAGUCGCUGAAUGUUUUCGGUUCCCACUGGCACAUGUCGUACAAUAAGUCAACGGUGAUGGAGAACAAGUUCCUCCAGUUGAAUCCCAAAGUUGACUACGAAGGCUCUCCCUAUCCCUUCGGCAUGGAUCCCAUUUGGCAGGUGGCCAACGCCAAUAAGAUUAUCUUCCACAAUGCCUACAAGAUGAAGAUCUCCAUCAUAUUGGGUGUCAUCCACAUGAUCUUUGGUGUGAUUAUGAGCUGGCACAAUCACACCUACUUCCGGAACAGGAUUUCCAUGCUCUAUGAGUUCAUACCGCAGUUGGUCUUCCUGCUGCUCCUCUUCUUCUACAUGGUACUGCUGAUGUUCAUCAAGUGGAUCAAGUUUGCGGCCACCAAUGCGAAACCCUACUCCGAGGCCUGUGCCCCCUCCAUUCUGAUUACAUUCAUCGACAUGGUGCUGUUCAAUAAGCCCAAGCCGCCGCCUCAGGACUGUGAGGUGUACAUGUUCUGGGGCCAGCACUUUAUUCAGGUCUUGUUUGUUUUGGUGGCCGUUGGCUGUAUUCCCGUGAUGCUGCUGGCCAAGCCGUUGCUCAUUAUGCAAGCACGCAAGCAGGCGAAUGAAGAGGUUCAGCCCAUUGCCGGCGCCACGUCUGAUGCGGAGACUGGCGGUGUGUCCAAUGGCGGCUCUCAUGGCGGUGGCGGUGGCCACGAGGAGGAGGAAGAGCUUUCGGAGAUCUUCAUUCACCAGAGCAUCCACACCAUCGAGUAUGUGCUGGGAUCGGUCUCCCACACCGCAUCGUAUCUACGAUUGUGGGCGCUCUCGCUGGCGCAUGCCCAGCUGGCCGAGGUGUUGUGGACAAUGGUCUUGUCCAUUGGCCUGAAGCAAGAGGGCUGGGUGGGCGGCAUCGUCUUGACCUGCGUGUUUGCCUUUUGGGCCAUUCUAACCGUUGGCAUUUUGGUGCUAAUGGAGGGUUUGUCGGCCUUCUUGCACACGCUGCGUCUGCACUGGGUGGAGUUCCAGAGCAAGUUCUACAAGGGCCAGGGCUAUGCCUUUCAGCCCUUCUCGUUCGAUGCCAUCAUUGAGAACGGAGCUGCCGGCGCCGAUGCGGAGUAAGCGCCACAGGGAAUGCAAAGCCCAAAGUUGGGUGAAAAACAACCAAAGCAUCUUCAGAGUCUCAUUAUGCACAUGAAAUUAACAACUUAUCCAAAUAAGCAGAAUAUAUAUCGAGUGUGGAAUUUAAUAACCAAGUAACCAGUAACGCUUUCGCCGUGAAUUUAUCUAUCUCAUUUUAGCCCCCAGCAAGCAUUGAGCCUUGCCAAUAAUAAUUAAUUAAUGUUCUUCGUAGACGUGUUUGCCGUGUUUAUUAAAUGUACUCUAUAUAAACCUAUAAAUAAAUAGCUAAAGCUAACCCCACUGGGGGUUGGCACCAAAAACAAA